AAGCACUCACUGCGGUGCUGCGCUGCGUCUGCAGAGGACAAGGAAGACUCCUCUGCAGGGCUGACAUCUGCCAAAAUGAGCGGCCUGGAUGAGGGCAACGAGCUCCCUCUCGCUAACACCACGACCCCCGCCCAUGCCCCGGGAGAUCUGGAUCUGAAGCAGAACCAGGAGCUCCGCGAGGAAACCGACGCCGCGCGGGCGAUGGAGGCUGCAGGUGAGGCCGGUGCAGAGGGAGGCGCGCCCUCGGAUUCCGAGCCCUGCGGCCCUGCGCUUUGCCUUGCCGCGGCUGAGAAUCCCGGUGCUGCAGCGGCAGCCGGAGAGGGGCUGGUGGAUGCUCCGUCUCCAUCAAAGGGCGGGGACGCAGCCUCAGCCCCUGUGGCAGCCCACGACAGCAAUGAAAAUGGCUGUCAGCCUGGAGAGCCGCGCAGCCCUGCUGGGCCGAAAGCUCCAGAAGCCUGUGGUGCGGUGGGCCUGGGGUCUCAGAUGAUCCCCGGGGCAAAGAAGACCAAGGAAAUGACGGCGACCAAGUGCGCCAUCUCUGCAGCCGCGGGGAAGGAGGGGGAAGCGGGGGCGGCGAUGCAGGAAAAGAAGGGAGCACAGAAGGAGAAAAAGGUAGCUGGAGGAGGAAAGGAGGAGAAUCGUCCCAGGGCCCCGAAGAUCAAUUGCAUGGACUCGCUGGAGGCCAUCGAUCAAGAGCUGUCAAACGUAAAUGCGCAGGCCGACAGGGCCUUCCUCCAGCUGGAGCGCAAAUUUGGGCGGAUGAGAAGGCUCCACAUGCAGCGCAGAAGUUUCAUCAUCCAAAACAUCCCAGGUUUCUGGGUCACCGCUUUUCGGAACCACCCUCAGCUGUCACCAAUGAUCAGUGGCCAAGAUGAAGACAUGAUGAGGUACAUGAUCAAUUUGGAGGUGGAGGAGCUUAAGCACCCAAGAGCAGGCUGCAAAUUCAAGUUCAUCUUUCAAAGCAACCCCUACUUCCGAAAUGAGGGGCUGGUCAAGGAAUAUGAGCGCAGAUCCUCUGGUCGAGUGGUGUCGCUCUCCACUCCAAUCCGCUGGCACCGGGGCCAAGAACCCCAGGCCCAUAUCCACAGGAAUCGGGAGGGGAACACGAUUCCCAGUUUCUUCAAUUGGUUCUCAGAUCACAGCCUCCUAGAAUUCGACAGAAUAGCUGAAAUUAUCAAGGGGGAGCUGUGGUCCAACCCCCUACAAUACUAUCUGAUGGGCGAUGGGCCACGCAGAGGAGUUCGCGUCCCACCAAGACAGCCAGUGGAGAGCCCCAGGUCCUUCAGGUUCCAGUCUGGCUAAGCUCUGUCCUUUCGAGAAGCUUCUGCAGGAGAGUCCCACCACCUCCUCGGCUCGGCCAGCAGCAUGCAGCCUUCUGUCUGCUUCCUCUUCCUGUUGGAUUGUGUCCUUUGGUUCUUCUAAGUCUCCAGUAGUUUCAAGAAGAUUGUGGCUUCCAAGUCUCUGCUCUUCUUUCUCUAGGCCAUCACGAUGUCCUGCAUAGUGUUCAUGGUGUUCCAAGUGCAUGGCCUCCAAACUGCUUCUCUGCCAAGCUCACAGUGCUGUAGUUUGUACUGCCUUCCUUUGCAUGGCUUGGUCCCUGUCUGUGAUCAUGGUCGUCUUCUAGUUUUUUAAAGUGGUUCCCUACCACAGGAAAGCUCGACACAUCCUUAACCAAGAACUUGCCAGGUUUCAUACUUUCUGCUGCGUCCCUGAUAUCUCUACGUACUGUGAUGAACUGUGACGUUGACCACUGCAAGAUGGAACUGUAUCCCAACCCAGCAAUCAGCCCAACAGGACAUUCCAACUGAUCCUAGCUGUCUUCCUGGGCCUUUGCUAUUUAUUUAUCCUGCUUGUUACGGGUAUAACAAGCAGGUGGCUGGUGGGUUUGACUACUAGGUAUGAGAGAAGUAACAGGUGAGGAGUGUUUUAUGUUACCACAUUGGUCUUGUACCUUUGGUUACUGUGCACCGUGAUCAGCUACUGGUGAGUAUGGAGGCCUGUGCAAUUGCCCACUAGUUCUCUCCUGGUUGAGCUUUGCCCAGGCCAACACUGUUCCUCAGGAACUAUCUAAGGACCUAAGCUCCUAGGCAGCCCACAGGACCCCUUUACUGUACCAUUCAUUACCCAUGACGCUGUUCACUAUUGGGCAUGAUAUGUAGUCCCAUGUGGCAGUGCCCAAGGCAUAGAUAGCUUGAAUGGCUCCCUUCUAGCAUUAGUUCUGAGCCCCAGCCAACAAAUGACUCCGAAGGUAACCCCCUUCUUCCUGUGUCCACACCCACUCUGAUUAAGUAAGUCAAAGCUGCACAGGUUGGGGCAGUUAGAAAUCGUUUGUGGCACACAGGGUUUGCUGUGUCUUUCUCCCGCUGACUCUUCUCUUUUUUCUUCCCCUGUUCCUUUCUCUUUGAAGCAGUUACAGCCCAGAGACAGAAAAACAAAAAAGGCAGAAAGGUUGUUUUUUUUUUUUCCUUAACACCCCCCCCCCCCAACCCCCGUUGUGUACAGGCAGGGAAAAGGUACUGUCAAGUAGACUCCAAUUCUCUUGCUGCCCUCACUCUAUCACCCUUCCCUUGGCAACGUCUGAAAAUUCCAAGGGAGACCACCUCCACUCUUGCCUCCUCCUCCUCCAUUCUACCAGAGGCUGUGUAUUUCUUAAGCUCUCGUUUGAGAAGCCUGGAGAAGAGGAAGAAGCAGCCGGAGGACAGACUGCAGCCCCUGAGCGGGAUGUGAAUGAAUGCAACUAACACGGCACCCAGGUCCCACGUUUCUAAAGACACAGCGGGGCAUUUUCGGGCCUCGGCCUGUAGAAUGACCAGAGAGCAGCAAUGUGCGUCAUCCCUGUUGUCUGCCUGGCCGUGGCCCUUACUCAUCAGCUUUUGAAUUUCUCUCCUUGUCUCCAUCCUAACAAAGGAGGAAGAGGGCUGUAGAGUGCAUUGUGGGAGACUCCAGGCAUCUCCUGAGGGAUGGGGGAUGUGGAGUCUGGAUUUGCCGGAUCUGCUCCUGUGGGUAGGCAGCGGUGCUGAGCCUGCAGUGGUAACCCUCGCCCAUUCCCUUUCUGACUUAAAAGGAUUUGUCUAAGGCUCCUCCAGAGCUCAGGAGGUCUGGAUACCUUCAGUGGAGGCUGGGAAUUUAAGAGGACUGGAGGGAAAGGGUGGCCCAUUGCAGAGUGAGUUCUUCUAGGCCUGCUGUGAUGAUUGACGUCUUGCAGGAGCCGGGUUGCGGGGAGGGGUCCCUGAGGCAUGUUCCCGUGCAGAAUGCGGAGAUCAGGUGGGUUGGGAUUUAAAGGGGAUGCUUGGAGGAUUUUCCUAUAGUUUUUUCCUAAUUCUCAACUUCACCACUAGAUCUUUUGUAAACAGAUGUAAGUCUGGGUGUUUUUUCUUCAGAUUCGAGGAGUGACCUUUGUCUGUGGGAGAUCAACGGUGUGCACUCCUUAUCCCACUGUGCUUGACCAAACCCUAUUAUUCCCUGUCAGCUGACUGGCAGAAUUGAUGUUUACAAGCCUGCCUCUUGCUUCUAACUGAGACCAAGUGCAAACAUUUGAAUUUCUGUCCUUUGCAGUAUGAAGACUUCCGUGACUAUUCACUACUAGAUUAACUUAUUCUGGUGUCUGUUCAUAUACAGCUGUAUUCUUAGAAACACAAUCCGCACAAUGUGAUCUUUACAGUCUGAAGACUUUGUAAACCGUUGCUAUGUCUUGUACAAGUGGUUUUCAAAAGGAAAAACGUAACUCGUCUUACUGAUACUUCUUGCUGUAGUGAUACUUGACAUGUUCUUAACCAGUGUGGGGACUAGAAUUGCUAUCACACUAAAUGAGAAUCUUAGUCCUUUGUCUUCUCCUGUGUGCUUGAAGGAAAAAUGUUACUGUUAUGUUUCUUGUCUUCACCAAAAAGAAAUAAAUGAAUAAAAAUGAAUAAAAAGCUC